AUGCGUACUUCUUUCGCCGUCCUGGCCCUCACGGCCGCCAGCGCCGUCUCUGCUCAGCGCAAGGUCUUCUCCGCUGCCGACAUCAACGUUGCCGCCAUCAACAUUCAGACCAAGGCCUCCUGGUGCACCGGCGAGCGCAACGUUUGCAACGUUCUCUGCAAUCGUGCGCCUACCAACGACUGCGACGCGGCUACCCUCCAGUACAGCUGCCUUUGCUCCAACGGCUCCGCUCCCGGCCUCGAGUACUACGAGCAGACCCUUCCCACCUUUAUCUGCAACCAGGCCUUCGAGGACUGCAUCUCGGCCAACGUCGGCAACGCUCGUGGCCAGCAAAACUGCACCGAUACCAUCAAGUCGCAGUGCGGUACGAUCGACGCCCAGUCCUCCGAGGCUAAGCCCUCUGGAGCUACCACCUCGGCCACGGCCACCCCGACCGGUGCUUCCACCACAGGCAGUGGCAGUGGCACCCAGGCUUCCUCGGCUCCUUCCACUACGGCCUCCGGAUCCUUCGCCGGCCCCACUGCCGCACCUGCCCACCUUGGAAACGCCGUCGCCGUCGCUGCCGUUGGUCUUUUCGCCUACAUGCUCUAG